AUGGCAGAGGAAGGCGGCGGAGCUGCUGGUCCCUCUGCGGGACCUGCAGGACCUCCUACGGUCAACACCACGGGCAUGUCGCAUGCCCAACCCGAGGCUCGGCAUAGGCCGACCGAAAGCGGAGCGCCGCUGGAGCAGAUCGAGUCGCCCAUGUCUCCUGGCGUCGCGACUCCAAACCCCUUCAGCCGCCAGCAGACCAGUCUCGAUCUUGAUGAUUACUUUUCCGGACCUCGCGACCUCCAAAAACACUCGAAAUGGCCGAUAUUCCUUCAGAUGCACGGCAGCAUCCUCCCCAAGCUGAUCCUGCCGCUGGUGUUCGUCGGCGCAUGGGCGACUGUUAUAACAUACAUCACCCUUGAACCUUCGAUUCCUGCAAAUCUCGGUAUCAAUCCGGUGCUGCUCACUGUUCUCGGUUUCGUCGUCGGUUUGGGUCUUAGCUUCCGCAGUUCGACCGCAUACGAACGAUAUGGCGAGGGCAGGAGGUACUGGGCCACUCUUAUCCUGGCAUGCCAGAACCUCGGACGUGUCUACUGGAUUCAUGCCAAGGAGCGGGAAGGCGAGCUGCGCGAAAAGGAUGUACUGGCCAAGCUCUCGGCUCUUAACCUCCUGACUGCCUUCGCCGUGGCCCUCAAGCACAAGCUGCGGUUCGAGCCGUACACCAACUAUGAGGAUCUUCAGAACCUCGUUGGUCAUCUCGAUACACUGGCUGGCGAGGCCACCAAGGAGGACCCUACCAUGGCCGAGGCCCGGCGGAUCCAUGUCGUCAAGGCCGCGGGCGAGAUGUUGGGCGUGUCGUUUGCCGCGAGCAACCCGCGCAAGGCCCUUAAGAAGGCUCGGCGCCCGCUUGGCAACCUGCCCCUGGAGAUCCUCAGCUACCUGGCCGCCUACACAGACGAGAUCAUCGCUAACGGCCAGCUCCCUGUCCCGAUGCAGCAGACGCUGGCGUACAACAACAUGGCCCUGCUCAACGACGUGCUUACGGGCACCGAGCGCGUGCUGACCACGCCGCUGCCCAUCGCCUACGCCAUCGCUAUCGCGCAGAUCACCUGGCUCUACAUCAUCCUGCUCCCCUUCCAGCUGGUGAAGCAACUGGAAUGGGUCGCGAUCCCGGGCACGAUGGCGGCGUCGUAUAUCAUUCUGGGCCUCCUCUUCAUCGGACGCGAGGUCGAGAACCCUUUCGGCCAGGACGUCAAUGAUCUCCCACUCGAGAGCUACUGUGCGCAGAUCGCCGCCGAGCUCGACGUCCUAGCGUCGCGGCCCAAGGCCACCAUGACCACCUGGAUCGAGAAUCUCGAGAACAAGCCGCUCUUCCCCUACAGCGCUGCCAACUACAACGUCUGGAGGUACCGUGGCGAGGAAAAGGUUCGCCAGGCGCUCCGAGGCAAGACGGAGCUUGGGUUCGAGAACCGCAAGCGCAUGAUGGGUCAGGAGGACGGGCCCAACGAGGGCGGGCACAGCCAUCCCAGGAAGUCCAAGGUUGAGGGUGUGAGGCCUGGCGACGUCGAGAGCCAGGACGGGCGAACACAGUAG